CACUCACCAGUUACGUCACACAUCGGGAAUGCAGUGAGGAGCUGCUGCUGCUGCUAAAAGGCCUCAGGAUCCGUCACAAAACGCCUGCCAUGUCCGGUCCCACCUGGCUUCCACCGAGAAAUCUGGAUAGCCCAGAGAGAGCCGUCCCCCAAAUGUCUCACUCUGCCGGGUCAGCAAUCUACAGGACCCCCAACAAGAAGGGGACGUCCGACUUCCGGCCAAAAUAUGGCCCCUAUGACCAGAACGGAGGAGGAGGAGGAGGAGGAGGAGGAGGAGGAGGAGGAGGGAUGGCCAACAGGUACAUGGCUACUGGACCCACAGGGGGUCCUAUUCACCAUUCGUCGAGCGAUCACUAUUACUCCCCUCCCCAUGGGCCCAAAGAAGACCGCAACUGGAGCCCUCACAUGGACAGCUACGAGCUGAUGCACCGCGGCCCUGAGAAGCCGGUGAACUAUCACUCCAAAAUCGAUGCUGAUAUCGACUCCCUCACCAGUAUGCUCGCUGAUCUGGACAGCCACCCGCAGGACCCCAGCACACAACUGUACGACAAUGUGCCUUACAACAAGUACCUCUCAGGGGAUCACUACAAGCCUGCCCACCAGAGCGCAGCCCCUGCUCCUCCUCCGGGUCGGCCUUCCAUGGGCUACCCUUCUCAUCCCCAGAGCCAAUACCACCCAGCUCCCCGCUACCCCAGUGAGCACCAGACUCCUCAGUACUCCACCUCCCACCAGCAGGACUACUACUCCUCCUCUUCAGCCCCGAAGCCCUACCCGCAGCCCGUCCCGGCCUCCUACAGCACUGCCUCAACUCCUACCGGGCCCAGGUUCAGCGUCCAGGUCAAGACAGCGCAGCCUGUCACCUACUCUCAGACAGGGAGGCAGGCCGAACAGGCCUACACGCCACCCCCUCCUCGCCAGCAUGUGUCACGCCCUCCUCCCCAGACUCAGACAAGUCAGCAGGGCUGGUACCCUUCGCACGCCAGCUCACAAGCUCAGGAGAUGCACUCUGAGGCGGUGUACAAGGGGAGCGGCUCAGGAGGAAGGGUUAACCAGGUUCCACUGUCCAAGAGAGGGAUGGAAAAUAAUCAAACGGGGUCGGGGGCCACGCCGAGUCCUGCUUACCAGUCCAGCAAGCAGGGGAUAGCAACACCCAGGCCCGAGGAGGAGUUGGAACGACUCACCAAGAAGUUGGUAUAUGAUAUGAACCACCCCCCCGUCGAGGACUAUUUUGGCCGCUGCGCCCGCUGUGGCGACAACGUGGUCGGCGAUGGCAGUGGCUGUAUCGCCAUGGAGCAGGUGUUCCACGUGGAGUGUUUCACAUGUAUCACCUGCCACGCCCGUCUCCGGGGGCAACCCUUCUACGCCCUGGACAAGAAGAGUUACUGUGAGAGUUGUUACAUUAGUACAUUAGAGCGCUGUUCAAAGUGCUCCAAGCCCAUCCUGGACCGUAUCCUGCGGGCCAUGGGAAAGGCCUACCACCCUCGCUGUUUCACGUGUGUGGUUUGUAACUGCUGCUUGGACGGGGUGCCCUUCACCGUGGAUGCCACCUCUCAGAUUCACUGCAUAGAUGACUUUCAUAGGAAGUACGCUCCGCGCUGUUCAGUUUGCGGUGAGCCCAUCAUGCCCGAACAGGGCCAGGAGGAGACGGUGAGGAUAGUCGCUCUGGACCGCAGCUUCCAUGUCAACUGUUACAUCUGUGAGGAAUGUGGUCUCCUGCUGUCCUCUGAAGGGGAGGGUCGAGGCUGUUACCCGCUGGACGGCCACAUCUUGUGUAAGAGCUGCAGCGCUUGCCGCAUCCAGGACCUCUCAGCCAAAAUCUCCACGGACUGCUAACAAACCCCUCGUGUCCGCUUCCACCUUCUCGGCACACGGCACACGAUGGUGCGGACAGGAAAUACCCCUGCUUCGCUCAGACUCGUGCAGUGCUUUAUUUCUUUCUUCUUCUUGGAUGACAAACUUUUGCUACAGUUCCCUCUGUUGGUAUCCAGCUGUAAUUUCAUUUUAGUCCUGAUGGAGCAACCACUUCACUAGUUUCCUUUUCGAUCACAUCUUCCAAAAAUGUCUUUUCUUUUUUUCUCGGUACUUCAAAGUUUAGUUCAGUAUUACUAUGACAGUGGCCUGACCUGCAGGCAGCUUGGGCUCCACCUACCAUUCAUUGGUACCGCUCAACUAUUAGCUUGCACAUUAUAAUCACUGUCAAAGACUAUGGAAGGAUAGCACAGAUUUUUGACCUGAAAAUGAAGCAGAGAAGCAGCGUAAAGGAUAAUUAGGAUCUGUAACUGCAGAACUGCCUCUUAUAUAAAAAAAAAAAAAAAAAAAAGCACAUAAUGCGACAACUGUGACUGUACAUAACGGGCUGGUUUGGUUUGACAAUGAAACUAUUACUAUAAGUGUUUUGUAAAGCAUGUAGCCUUUUAGUGCAGUGGAUCUUUGCAGAGACGUAGCCUCAUAGGAGAAACGUAGACGGAUGGAAUGUGUAGUUACAACCUUUUCUUUUUUUAGCUUUUAUUAAACGCUAGAACAAAUCUCUUACAUCUCAACACUCAAACGUUAUCAUGUGUAUGUGUUGAAUCCAAGCUCAUAACAGGAUUGUUGCCAUUUCUUUUUUUAAUGUCUACAAGCUUUGGUUUAGUUGUUGGUUGAUACUCGAUCUUUGCUUUGAAGAUGAUGGUGCAAUGAAGUCUUCUGUCUUAGGAAAACAGGGUGUUGGUCAAAUCAUCCUAUUGUGUGAAGGGCUGUGUCAUUUGGAGGAAGUAUGAAACGUAUACUCAACUUAAAAGCCUAUUGGGUAAAUUAUUUAGCUUAAGAUAUAAUUUUUACAUAAUGGUUAUUCUUUACUUGUGAUGUAUUUCCCCCCCCCCCCAAAAAAAAAAGAAAACGUUUGCUCAUCCUUGCACUCACGUGGGCCGAAUUCAGCCCCAGUAUUUGUUAUGAUCGUGUUUAACCUCCGUCUUUCCGUCCAGAUUUUGUAUUUGUGUAACUUUAAAGGGCUAGAAAUAUGAAAGCCUUAUCUCAAGGAUGUCAUUCAGUUUCAUAAUAAUCCCUUUUUCUGAAACUUGUCUGUGAAUUUUUCUUUCUUUUCUUAAUCAUGCUAAAACGGUUCAGUUGCAUUUUCUCGUCUCUUGUUAAUUUAUCUCAUAAUGUGUGUGUGUGUGUGUGUGUGUGUAUAUACUAUGUAUUAAUCUGCUUUUUGUCAUCAAGGUUAUCAUUUCAUUCAUGCCCAGAAGUGUCAGUUUUAAUAUCCCCGACCCACGCCAACUCUUGUGUCAUACACCUUUUUUUUUUGUUUUGUUUGUUUCUUAAUCACAUUUUGUUACAGUCAUCCGUUUAACAUCCUGACGUGUGUGUUCACUUUGAAAUGCUGUGAAUUGGAGCUUUUUUCGAUCAAAGCCUGCGGUACUGCAGCAGACCUCUGUCCGCUGCUGAAGUCACACUGAGAAGAAGGAACGUUUUGUAACGAAUAUACAGGUUGUUGACGUAGAAAUGACAGCUUGUUACAUUAAUGGAUUUUCUCCUAAUACAGGUUGUAGUUACAUAAUUGAUUAUUAAAAUAUCAGCAAGUUAA